UAGGACCGAAGACAGAGUGGAUAUAAAAUAAGCUCAGAUUGCGACUUACUUUUUAAUAAUAAUUUACUACCUGACUACCUUGUUAGCUGCAAUUUAUAAUUCAAUCGAGUAGUCCUUAACGUUUUCAUUUGCUGAUUGCAGUGGUGAUUGGAUAUGACAAUUCGGAUACAGUUCAUUCGUAAAAGCCACAUUCACUUCGUCUGUUAUCGCUUAGGUGCACGCGCGAUCAGUUCUUUAGCAGAAGUCACAUAUCAAGGAAGCAGACGAAGCAUAUAAGACGGAUCAAAUCAAUCAAUGAGACUGAUAAAAAUAAAAAAAUAAAUGUUGUAGAAUUUAUAAAGAAAUUCAUUUUGAGAUCAACUAUUGUGCGGCAAAGUUUACUUCAGUGUUACAUUCAAAUAAAUAUUUGAAGAAAGAAACAAUAUUGAUAUAUACAAUAAUCAAACUAUGUGUGAGCCACGAAAUAGUAUUAAAUCUCUUUUAAACAGUGGUAAUAAAGUGACUUUGAAAUUGUUAUUAACGUUUUGUCGACUGAAUGUGAUUUUAAACGCAUUGUGGCUGCUCCCGCUAUGCUCCACCAAGUGCCCGACGAGCGACCGGAUUCAGGCGGCGACACAAGAGUGCUUCCGGGAGUACAGCAUCCAGAAGGUGUUCGUGGACAGAAGCGAACGCCGCCUCUUCUCCGGUAUUGACAUAGAAAUACUCAGAGCGUACUGCAGUGCAUAUUUGGACGCCUACAGUUGUGUACGUCAGCUGAUGCAGUCCUGUCCGUCCUCCCAUCAUGCGGACAUCAAGACCGCAGUAACACCCUUUGCAGACGAGCAUGAGUUGACGGAGCUUUGUAAAACUCAUCGUCUUUAUGAACUGUACGCCCAGUAUAUGAUGUGUUUCUCUGAUCGAGGCAAGAAGUCGGACUGGUGCUUUGAUAAGGAGAUCAACAGCUCUGUAAUGCACCUUCAUCAAGUGGAAGUACAGGAACUAUGCAACCGAUUGGUGUCCGUCACCCGUUGUAUAGAGAGCAAUAUCCGUCUCGGCUGCGGUGAGCAGGCGGCGGAGCUCGUGCAUCUUCUCGUUAAACCCACGGUUCCCGGCAGCGGGCAGUGCGUGUACCCGCUGUAUAUAGAGCCGUUGGGGGAAGCUGAUGGAACUGCUUGUACACAACUUGCUGCGGUCGCCAUGACAAUUCUUAGUCGAGCCUCAACGGUACUGAUGCCAUCCUUGUACAGUGUUGCUCCCAAGUACUUGAAGCUGAUACCGCUGUCUGGCACUGAAUGCCAGCUGUCUGCCAACAUCGGUGUCAAUUAUUUGCGACUGCGAGACAGUGCGGCAUCGAGGAUCCGAAUAGCAGUUUACCUCUGA